CUUAAAAACACAUAUUUUGGCGCGUCCACAGAGCGAUGUUGAUCUGCUCUCAAACUACUUUCUCCCUCAGCACUUGGGACCGCUACAUGACACAACAAUGAAAAACAACCACGAAAACUUUGUUACAGUCACUACGUCAUUCAAUUCGGGACCGAAAAACUUGCAGAAUUCUUCACCUUCACACCAUCAUCCUGCUCUAGUGCCAUGUCUGAGCCUUUAGCUAAGAAGAGACGAGGAGAAGGUAAUGGGGUGAUCUCCAGCGAAGGGCUCAACGAAGUCCUCUCCAAAGCCAUCAAGAAUCAUGACACGGCUUCACUUGCUCUUCUAUAUAUUCUCGAUGAGUAUGACUUCAGCUUGAGUUCUUUACAAAAAAUCGUUCUGGAGAAGAGUUUGGAUGUAAGCUUUUCAGGUGUUAAGUAUAACGAGAUCGCUCUGUUCGUUGGACUCGACCCUUUUCGAUUCCUCAAAGAUAUUGAAACUUUCGAGCUCCAUCGCUCUCGUAUCCCUACCAACCUUUUAAGAUCCAUUGUAGAAGACAUGGAUAUUAUGUUAAAGCAAUAUGGCCCUCUUUCUGCACAUGAAACCGAGGAGGCCACAUCCCGCUUCCUCUCUCCAAUAUUCCACCGCCUCAUUGCAGAGUUUAGCUUUACUUUCAGGAGCUUCCCAGAGUCCAUCUUAGAGGGCCGUGCUACUAUGAAAGGGAGAAUCGAGUACUACCUCAGGGCGUUUGGCUCCGUCUCUGUUCUUAUCAUCCAGCUCAAGCUGAAAAUCGGAAAUGAUAAGGAGCGUUUGGAUGCUAUCGCUCAAGUGAUAGCCGAAUGUGAUGCAUGCGAUUGGAAAAACUCAACUGAGGGUUUCUUUGUACCUGUGUUCGGGAUUCUUUGGGAUGGCACCUACUUUCAAUUUUUCAAGUUUGUUGGGGCUCCGAAGAUUCCACAUUCGUUUCUUCGAGGAGCCUUCGCCGGUGAUCCUCCAAUGCUUCGAAAGGGCCUCAGUCUUCCAGAGUUGAUUCCCACUGUGACUACCCUUCCUUUCAUCCAGUCUGUACGCUGGAUAAGCGAGACAGUCUUUGACCUGCUGCUAUGCGCUCACCUCUCGAGCAUCGAAGCUUUCCGUGAUCGAUCUGUAAACAGGGGCAAUGUCGCAGGGAAACGAAGGAAGAGCUCUGACAAAUGGGACAAUGCUGUGAAUUCUGCCCGGCAGGCAUUGGAACAUUUUCGAGAUGCUGAGAAAAAACACCAAGAAAUGGACAACGCUGGUGCUGAUCAAGCUGUUUCAGAUGCACAAGUUUUUCUUACAUCCAGCAUAGAAGCAGUGCCCAUGCUCGACGACACCAACGUACUUAUCAUGACCAACUGGGAUGAUGGGCUUGCGUGAACACGAAGAUUUGACUCGCAUCUAAUGUCCAGCUCCAACCGAACGCCAAGCACUCAACCGUUUCCUCGAUUCCUCGCUCUUCAACUCAACCCACAACAGAAACUCUGUCUUCAGAGCUCGAUGUCAACACUCCAUUCACUAGUGAUGCCUCUGAAGCAUUAUCGUGUCUUCAACAUCGUUGCCAGGGAAGCAGGCCAAGUAUUCGAUAAAUUCUGAUUCGUAUGAUAUUCCUUCCAAUAUCGCAUGCGUAAUCUGGCGGUGCCUCACUCUGAAUAAUCAUUGUCAAACAAAGCUGUCUACCAGAUCUUCCCAGUUUCCUCUCCACCCAGCUAUGUGGGCCUUCAAAGGGGUGUUAUUUAACUUUCAAACACAAUCAAAAUCAGAUGUCAU